AUGAAUAAAUCCAUUAUAAUCGAAUGGCCAAAAAUACAUUAUGAAAAAUGUCGUGAUGGUGAUAGUGGCCUAGUUGGUGUGGAAUUAGAUUUUGCGCCAUUAAUACAUCGUGCUCGAAAUGUCGUCAAAUGUCGUACAUCGCAUCCAACAAUGAGAGUACGUGUUUGUGCAAUAGCUGAGCCAAAUUCGGAUAAGUCAUAUCCACGUGUACUGGAAGCAUUUUUUCGUGCUACAUUGGUCAAACUAUCUAACGAUCCAGGCGAACGACAAACAGCUGGCCGUUUAAUUUUAACUCAACGUGAAGGUACGUCAGCGACCAAAUAUCACGAUCAACAUGGUGUUGUAGUAAAUAUGAGUGGAAAAUUGUUAAUAAAUCAAGCAUCACCUGAAUGCAAUACCAGCAUUUUAUCGGAGCAAUAUGGUGAAAAUGUGAAAAAAACUGAUUUCAAAUAUGAACACGGAACACUCUGUGCGAGAUUUCCCGAGCUGGGUGUUACGUUAAAUUCGAUGAUUGAUCGACGUCAGUUAUCGACACGUUAUGCAAUUCAAAUAGAUGUUGCGUUAAAUAUUGAAAAUAAAUUAAUGGUAAAACAUGUUGUUUUAUCACAUGAAUUCCUAAUUGCAAUAACCAAUGAUCAAACCGAAUCGCUGCUAAAUUUUAUCUAUUGGCCGCGGCUGCUUGAUCGAGAACAAUUUCAAGAUCAACCAAGUGAUUACGAAGAUACCACACAGAAUAGUGAUAAGCAAAAAGUUCCUUGGGGUAUUUUGAAGAACGCAUUGAAAUAUUUCGUAAAAGCGCAACUGAGCUCAGCACGUGCGCUUGACAUUGAUGAAUUGCUGCACGUGCAAUGCAUGUUGUUUUAUCCGAGGAUCCGGAAGGCUAAUAAACAGGAAUGUGAACAAUUGGAGAAACAUUUUUUUGGAAAUAUCAAAAAUAACAAUGAAGGAAAUUGUAUAAUUAAAGUUAAACAUCGAUUAUUAACAGAAAUGGUAGUUGACAGUGUGUUAGUCACUAAAAAUGAAUUUAUGGUAAAUAAAUGUAUUAGUCUUGUGGAUGGAAAUACCGAAUUACAGCAUAAUCUCUGGCAAUGGUUAUAUCGUUCAACCGAAAUAAUCAUCGAUGUCGGUCACAAAUUUUGUCCAGCAAUAUUUAAUAUUGCUGCUAAAACGAAGAAGCCAACAGUUUCGAUGAAUGAGUAUCAGUCGAUAUUAAGUUUAUAUAACAACAGAAUUUUAACCUUUACAAGUGCACAAAAUGUGGCAAAAGUUUUCAAUGCAACUGAGGAAAAUGACAGAAAAUGUGGCACUUUAACAAAAGCCAUAUAUUUGAGAUUUUGCGAUGAAAAUGCUGGCUAUAUUUCAUUUGCUUUCACAAAUUUUAGCAAAGAUAAUAAUGGUAAACCAUUGAUGGGAUCGUUGUCAGCGGAACAGAUCAAAGAUUUCAAGCAAGGAAUUGCUGAAAUACUUAUGGAUGAAUCAUUCUUAAAGCGUUAUGAUCGUAUUGUUCAACUUCAAAUUUUUGAUAAUAAAAAUCGUGGUGAUAAUUUAGUUAUUGCUACUCCACUCAAAACAGCUAUUUUCCAAGAUUAUAAUACUAUGCGACUGCAAAAUAGUUGCGUGGAAACACGUGAUAGCGAAACAAUCCGCAUCAAUCCACUUACUGGUGAAAAGUUAGCUUAUGCACAAAGUAACGUCAACAACGCUAUCCAUAAUAAUAACCAAAGUUCGGAACUGUCGAAUCUUGUACAAUGUAGAAAAGAUGAAACGGAAAUUUCAAUUGUACACAUUAUAGCAUAUGUAGAGUUAUUAUUACAUGCUUCAUCGUUAUAUACCGCAUUUAAUGGUACCUCAAUCGGAGAUUCAAUUAGCGAUAAGGAAAGCGAUCAAAAUCGAAAUGUAACAUCGGAGCAGAGAAGAUUAGAAGAUAACGAUAUCGGUAAUGCUACUGUUGAUAGAGAAAUACGAAGUGCGCCACGUUCACAUACCAAGGAAGAGAUUACGAGAUUGAAAUGUGACCCGAAGCGAUUUUGUGAUGGAAAAUGGAGAAAUGAGAAUGAUGAAUUGGAAGCACUCGAUCUAACACAAAAACGAACUAAACCGAAUGAAAGCUAA